GCGAAGGACGCAAUAGAGUUUCUUCGAGUUUAACUACGCCAUGUUGUGGAUCGCGAUAUAAAACAAGUCUCGUGAUUUCGCUUGGUCAAACUUUUCCAUAAGAUAAUAAAAUUCUGUUGAUUAUUUGUCAAUUUACUUAUGCGAAACAUUAACUGAUUAUUACAAUCAUUACAAUUAUUUAUUUAAAACUAAAUAAAUCAAUAAGACAUUGAGAAUUUUGUAGAUACUUAAAACAUUCACCAUGCCGAGAAAACCAAUGAAUAAUCGUUUUGGCAAACAAAACAAACAUUUUUUCAAUCAUGAUGAUAGAACAGCACGUAUGGAUGAUGACCAUCCAAUGGAUUUCGGCGCUGCUAAAGUACGUGUUGUAUCAUUUAAAAAAGCACGAUUAGGACGAGAUCGUUAUGUAAGACCAAUGAUUAAAGAAUACUUGGGUGAUGAUGCUAUGUCUUCGGGUACCAAUAAUAAUGCUCGCCAGGUUAUGUUUAGGACUAAAAACAAAAUGAAAGGUGGACGACUUAGUCCUAUGGCACAACGAGGUCCUAAAUUACAUAAGAGUAGAGUUAAUUUUAGUGGUGAAGCCCAAUGGUAUAAAAUAACGAUAUUGUACGGCGAUAAAUAUGAAAAAGACUACAUAUUAAAUAGUCUGCUGAGUUAUAUUGCUCCCGAUACAUUUAUACCAAUAAUGUACAAAGUCAUAGGACAAGAAGCUAUUUUUUAUGUAGACAGUCAAGAGACGGCAAAUAAAUUAUUGGAAUGUAAUAAAAAAAUAACGACGCCUGACAAUCACAAAAUUCAAGUAAGAAUACGUCCUGGUUUUCCACGAUGUGAAAUUGACGACACGCUUAGAGGAAAAUUGAAAGCAGCAAUGGCGAAGCGGUACCGGCAAGAAAAUAAUGCCUUGGAUUUGUCAUGUUUUCAUCAUGAUCCUGAUCUUGUCCAAGAUUAUUUUUGCGCUUUAUUCAGACCUGUGAUGUUAAUGUUAGUGUUGGAUAUAGUCGCCGAAGCAAUUCCUAAUCUCGAGGCAUUAAAUCUUGAUAAUAAUAAAUUGUCUAUGGUAGACAAGUUAGUUUUUUUGGAGAAGAAAUUUAAGCAUUUAAAAAUUUUAUACAUUGGUGACAACAAAAUUAGAGAAAUGCAUCAACUAGACGUUCUUAAAGAUUUACAACUAGAAGAAUUACGUCUCGCUGGUAACCCUGUUGUACAACAAAAGUAUAAAAAACGUACUGACGAUUAUAUCAGUGACGUACGGAAGAAGUUCCCCAAACUACUGCGGUUGGAUGGUAUGGAGCUACCAAAACCAAUAUUAUUUGAUGUCGCCGAAGAGGGUAUCCAAGUACCACCAACGCAAAAGGUCUUUGCUAAAAAUGGCGAAGCCCUUAAAGUUGCUGAACAGUUUAUGCUUCAAUACUUCACUAUUUUUGAUAGUGAUUCUCGACAGCCUUUAUUAGAUGCUUAUCAUGAGCAUGCAUUUUUCAGUCUUACUGUUGCUCCGUGUCCUACGAUACAAAAAUUCAAUAAAUAUACACCAGACAAUAGAAAUUUAUUCCGUUCAAAUGAUACAUCUCGCCGUACGAAAUUACUAAAACAAGGAAGACUACCAGUAGUAUCAUUUAUUUCUGAAUUACCUAAGACUCAACAUUAUUUGAAUUCAUUUACUAUGGACAUUGGAGCGGUAACGCCAUCAACGAUAAUGAUAACAGUGACUGGCCUUUUCAAAGAAAUAGGAACCAAGGAUCAAGCAAUCCGUUACUUUGAUCGGACAUUCGUAAUUGUUAAAUACGGCAGCGGUUAUUGUAUAAAAAAUGAGCAGCUUCAUUUAGCUCAUCCAACACCAACUCAAGAGCGUCAAGCUAUUAAUAGUCCACAGAACACAAUAGCUGAGCAAGCAGCAGCUGCUCAAGCUUCUGUUCAACAAGUACCUCAACAACAACAACCACAACAACAACAACUACAAGCUCAGCCUCAACCAUCGACAUCAGGUACAUCCGAACCUAAUCAACAACUCCAACGUCAAAUGACUGUUGCUUUAAUGGAGCAAACAAAAAUGAAUUUAGAGUGGAGUUUCAAGUGUUUACAAGAGGUACAGUGGAAUUUCGAUACAGCCAUUCGGGCUUUUAAUGAAUUCUUCCAAGCUGGAAGAAUUCCACCAGAGGCGUUUCUUAAUAAUAGCCUCUGCUAAUAUUAAAAUAUUAUUUAUAUAUAUAAAUUUAAAGAAAAAAAAGAAAAAAAACACCAAAUUUAUAGUCUUAUUAAUUAAUAUAUUAAUAGUUGGCACGAAUUUGGUGAUAUUUUUUUUACUGUUAAAUAUUUAAAUAUUCCUUUAGUAUAAUUGUUAAAUAUUAAUCUAGCAUAUUUUCUUGCACUGAGUCUUGGGUUAAUAUCCAAAUUCGUGACACGUUUAUUUAAUUAGAAAAAAAAUAAUGAUAACUUAUUAACAUUCUGUACAUCAUUCAUAAAAUUUACUUAAUUGCCAAAUAUUAAUGAAUCAAAUCAUUUUCACUUAUAAUUAAAUUCAUUAAAAACAAAAAAUUAUAACUACAAUAUAACAGAUAUAGUUAUCUUAAUAUUUGCAAAAACAAAAAAUUGAUAUACUAAAAA